AUGUCCGACGACUACGCAGGGAUCCCGACAUGGCUUGUCAACGCCCACAACGCUGAGCACCUCACCGACGUCAUCCGCACGCUCGGCAAACGCGAGGGGCUGCGCUCCGCCGCCCGCGCUGCCUCGCUCUAUCAGGCGAGCUCGCAGAAGAGACACACCAUCGCGCAGAUCGCGUCGGCGAUGAACACGAAGGCGGCCCGCACCGACCACUACUCGAUCUCGGCGGGCGCGGACACGGCGAACGCACGCUCCAACCGCUACGUGGACAUCCUCCCCUACGACCGCACGCGCGUCGUCGUCUGCCCCGGCGCGGUGGGCCACGCCUGCUCGAGCGACUGCGCCGACGGCCGCUACCUGAACGCGAACUGGGUCCGCGAGCGCACGGGCGGGAAGUGGUGGGUCGCGACGCAGGCCCCGCUCCCGCACACCGCGCACGCCUUCCUCAGCGUCUUCCUCGACGGUGUCUCUCCGCCCCCCUCCUCCUCUCCCUCUUCCUCGUCCCCCUCUCCCUCCGCUUCCACUUCCACGGGCGCAGACCCAACCCACACCCUCCGCGCGCGCGCACGCAUCCGCACCGUCGUGCAGCUCACCCCGAACAUCGAGCACGGCAAGCGCAAGGCGCACGUCUACUUCCCCCCGCUCCCCGGCCAGUCCUGGGUCGUCGAGCCCGACCCCGCCCCCGGCAUGCCCGGCGCAUCCGCGCCCCCGGCCGCGAACCGGCCGAUCUCGGUCACGCUCCUGCGCGCGCACGACGUCCCCGCCGCGCACGCCGCGCACAGCGCCGUCGCGGUCCAGGCGCUCGACCCCGCGUCGCGCGCGCCGGUCGGGCCCCGCGUCGUCUUCCAGCACCUGCUGUACGCGUCGUGGCCGGACCACGGCGUGCCCGCGCGCGAGGACCGCGAGGGGCUGCUCGCGUUCGCGCGCCUCGUGCACGACGUGAACCGCGACCUCGCCGCGCACGCCGAGCUGGAGGGCGGGCAGGGCGACGGAGGCGGGGGAGAUGAGCUGGACCCGGACCCGCCGAUGAUGGUGAACUGCUCCGCGGGUGUGGGUCGGACGGGGGCGUUCAUCGCGCUGUGCUCGCUGCUCCGCCACUGCGGCUUGCUGCCGCCGGUCGAGGGCGGGCCCCCGGGAGAGCUGCCGCCGUCGCCGCUGGGGGCGCUGCAGAGCGACUUGGUGGCGCAGGAGAUCGACGCGCUGCGGGAGCAGCGGCCGGGGAUGGUGCAGCGGGACGACCAGAUCCUGAUGGUGUACGAGACGCUGAUUUCGGCGUUGGUGGACGUGAAGGGGAAGGAGGGAGCGAAGUAG